UAUAGUUAGCGCGAGAAAGGAAGCUCUUUCACUCAUUCGCUUGUGAGCGAAACAACGGUCGCGCCAAGAGUACGCUACGGGAUUUAAAGAAAAAAAUAUAUUCACCGGCGAAAUUUUAGAGCACUACUAUAAGCUCCUGCAGAUUUCCGUAAAAUGUUCAGCAACGAGAGCAGCGACGGCAAACAAUUGCAAGACUUCAGAAGUCGUGAAAUGAGAAAUCGUGUCCGAAAUUACAAGAAACAGAUGAAGACGCUGGAAUACUCACGGCUUCGUUCGCUGGUUCCCUCCACAGCCUGUCGGCCUCGUGUCAGCAAGAUUGAAGUCAUAGAGGAAGCGAUCAAAUACAUUGCGUUUCUUCAAGCUACUCUGAGCUCUCGCUUGGAAGAAUCUAACGAAAACAGCAAUAGUCAAGAGACAGAAGAGCGGACAGAGAGCGAAAGAAAACCGAAAAUUCUCAGGCAAAAAAGACAGCGUUUCGCUUCAUAUAUGAUUAAAACCCAAAAACACACUGUACCAGCGCGACGAAAAUUUUCAAGACAAAAGACAACAGAAAGCGAACAGCCAAGAUAGAAAAGCCAUUUUGUGUAGCUACAGUGCAAAAUCGAAUACGCAAAGAUUAAACUAGUAGUUAUAUUAUCAGUGAAAGCUGCUCGUUUGAGAUGCAAUUUUUUUUUCAAAGCUGUGCAGCUCACUUCAGUGCUGAUGUACUGAUUAGUUCUGAAUUUAAUUGUAGCAUUCGCGCAGCUAAACCUCAAAUCUUAUUACAUCGUGCGAAGAUGUAAGGCCAAAAGUCGCUGUUCUGGAAGCAAGCGUAUGAAUCGCCAACAGAGAAAAAAGGAAAAAACAUGUGAGGCUUGUACCUGUAAAAUGCAAACCGGCAAAAACGGCUUUUAGUAUUCCUAAAUCUUAUUAACUCCCAAGACUUCCUUUUCAGAAAAGCUCUGAAAAACCGUUCAGCUAAUUUUACUUUCGACCAGUUUUCUACGUAAAUGCAAAUAAAAGGAAACUGAAACAGACCA